CUCACAAAAGCCAACACAUCGCUCUCUAAGCAGCAAGGUUGCACUCCAUAGACACCAAUAUCAACUCUAACAGAAAUACACAAGAAUUUUACAAAAAAAGGAACCGGCUUCGAAUUCGUUGAUUUUGUCCCUCAAUCAAAUGGAAACAGGAUAUUUCUCAAGAACACAGAGCAUCGAAGAUGUCAAUCUAGAAAUAGAGACUUUGUUUCAAUCAACAGACUACCGUAAAGAUGAAAUUCUAGAGCCUUUAGUUUCUCACGUUGGAGAUGAACAUGGUUGGAAAGAAUGGCGGGCACUUGGCCACGUGAACGGUAAAUCUGGUAGAAAAGCUCGACACGCCGCCCAUGUGCGACAGCCAAAUAAACCGGGACUUAGUCGCAUUGCCAAUGCAGUUUGGCGAGAAUGGUACAAACAACAAGCGAAAGAGGAUUCAGUCCUGGAAAAUGAGGAAAGUUCCUUCCAAGAUUCACCGAUUACCGAAGAGGACGAGUUCACUUUUGAGAGGGAUGUCACGGUGUUCGGAGCUGAUAACGGAGAGGCUCCCACAGAAUACACGCUUCAUGGUGUUAAAUCCUACGAAUUGCCAGUUAUUGGUACCUAUGUUGACAAGCGAGUGGUUCCAGGGUUCAAGUACAGUGUGCGAAACCUGGAGUCCAACAAGUUGCUAUUCAAAAGCAGAGCACUGCCACUGCAAUCCAUCGGCCAGGGUUAUGGCAAGAGAAUCACCUUCAAGGGAGAUACGUUCAAUGAGAACACAAACUAUUUUUACUCAGACACUAAUAGCGAAGGCUAUGCAUUUAGUAUUAAAGCAGUUCAGGAGGUCCAAGAAUUUAUCAUUUGCGACAACUCAGAUUUGCCAAUUGGACGCGCAAUUGUGCAGAAUGCAUCCAUGCCACAGAGAGAGAUCAAGAUGGAAAGUAAAGAUGGAGCUGUUGUGAAAUAUGUUGAAGUCAAUUUGAUAUGUUCUGUGAUAUAUGAAAGUAAUGCUCAUGGUUUGAUGUCCCUGCAUUCAUCCGAAGAUGGAGUUGAGAUUUCUGGAAUUGCCAAAGCUGUAAAGCAUCGUAAAGCCAAGGAAGCAAUUGUAGAAUGUAUUGAUGGAGUAAGCAUCCCAGGAUUUGGUAUCUGCUCCCUUCAUGCGGAACUAUAAACAUAACCUGAAUGAUUUUGGAUGCUUUUCUGGACAAUGCAACGCUGCAGGCUCUUGGAGCUGAUGAUAUGGAUAGUUUGAAUUGCACUGUGUGGGGUCACAACAUGGACUGGAGGUACAUGUACACACACAAGAACACAAACUUUAAAUCUGUAUAGUGUAUAUAGCUUCCAUGUUCCCCAAACAAGUUGUGCUAAAUAUGUUAUCCAUGAAACAACAAUGCAAACUACAAUUAAUGUCAAAACAAAUUUGUUAUAUACAUAACGUUGAACGCACAAAUGACAAUGUACAUCAAUUCGUUUUACCAAUUCACUGCUUAUUCACUGCUAAUUUGAGAUACUUGCUUAUAAUUAGAUACCUACCUCAAUAGUUACAAAGUUAUGUAUGUUCAAUACUCAAGUGUUCAUAACUUCAUUUUAUUGUUCCAUAAGAGAUAAGACCUCAUCAAUUUCUACAAGACUGUUGUUUGAGAAUCUCUGUUUGCCAAUAGUUUUUACUUUGCCAAGAUCUUGACUUGUUUUUAACUGAGGAAUAUGUUCUUGCAUAUUUGUGUAUUUUCACAACCUGUAGUUUUGACAGAAAAGUGUAUUAUAAAGCAAGGGGUUUCCUGAAUUCAGUAAAUAGGCUACAAAGUUUUCAUAUUUAUAUUAUACUAGUAUUUGAAUAAAUGAGGCUUUAAUAUUGAGGCUUAGUAAAAAUCUAACCACAGAAAACUACAAUUCAAAUUCAUUUGAAAGGACCAUUGUCAAUCUAUUUAAAUGUUCAACUAUUAUUUUUCUGUUUCCCUCUUUUGGAGAUAACGAGACAGACAGCAUUGUACAAAUGCAUAACAUGUUAAUAUAAUAUUACUUUUGUAUGUUAAAUGACUGCCAUUUAUAAGACAUUUUGUACGAUAUUUCUGGUGCUAAACUGGUUUAUGAAUUAUGAAACAUCUUUACUCAGUCAGUUUUCUUUAGAAAAUGUACGCUAAUCCAGUUUUAUUUGCAGAUAUUGUAUACUACACCUUGUCAGCAUUGUAUUUUAUGCAGAAACUACAAUUAAUUUCAUUAUAUUUAGUAUAUUGAAUAUUAAGUUAACAAUGAAACAAGCGCUCUGGCCACAUAAAAUAUGACAAUGUCGUCAACCAUGCCAAUAUCAAGAUUCACAGUACUGGACCAGAAAUUGUAGAUGAUGUAUUUGUAAAUUUAUUUUGCCAUAGUUAGUUGUCCUUAUGUAUUCAAAAGUUCACAGCUUUAUGUACUGUAAGUACAUUCAUUUUUUUGCUGAGCUUUAGUAGAGUAUUACUCUAAAUCAAGUAUUAUUGAUAUAUCAAAGUUACAAAUACUCUAGCUUUCAGUGUAACAUGUGUACCAGCAUCUCUUAAGAAUGCAUUCCUAUUCAUUAUCUUAGGAAUUUCUGAAUCAGAUAGGAAAGGUAUUUCUGAAUAUAGGCUGAAAUCAAGAACCUAUGAAGAAUAGCCUACACAAAGUUAGUAUUAAAUUACAUUUGAAGAAUAACAUGUGAAACUUCAUACAGCUUUUGUAAGUUGUCUAUGUCAACAAUCUGCAAAAGGCUAAUAAGCCCAUAUAAAGCAGAUAUAUAUUGUUCUCUAUAUACAACAAUAUACUCGUAUAUAUAUCUGACUAAGUCACACUUUUUAUCCCAUAU